GAUUGGUGUUGGGGAUUAUGAAGCAAGCCAGCCCCUAACUGACCGCUUACUCAGCCGCCAGCAGCGAGACGCUCCUGUUGUCCUCCUCCUCCGUCUGUGCUCAAGCAUUCCAGGAAACAGUGCUAUGGAGAAUAUAACAAUUUUUGAAUCACCUGGAAAGGGGAGGGGCCUGAAAGCUAACAAGGAAUUUUGGGCCGGGGACGUUAUUUUUUCCGAGCCCAGCCUCGCAGCUGUUGUCUUUGACAGUCUUGCAGAGCGCAUCUGCCACAGCUGUUUCCGCAGACAAGACAAACUGCAGCGAUGCGGCCAAUGCAAGUUCUCUCACUACUGCGACCGUACUUGCCAGCGGGCCGGCUGGGCCGAACACAAGCAAGAAUGUGCCGCCAUCAAAAACUUCGGCAAAGCGCCCAACGAGAACAUCCGCUUGGUAGCUCGCAUCAUGUGGCGUCUGGACAAAGAGGGCGACGUGGUGUCCGACACGCAGCUGACCACGCUGGACCAGCUGGAGGACCACAUCGAAGACAUGCCAGAAGACGAUCUGAAGGAGUUCAAAGUGGAUGUCCACAAUUUCCUGGACUACUGGCCUCGUAAUUGCAAGCAGCACACUAGCGAAAUCAUCUCGCAUGUUUUUGGAUUGAUUAACUGUAACGGCUUCACUGUGAGCGACCAGCGGGGCCUUCAGGCCGUGGGGGUGGGCCUGUUCCCCAAUUUGUGCCUGGUCAAUCACGAUUGCUGGCCCAACUGCAGUGUCAUCCUCAACCACGGCAAUCAGUCAGCUGUGAAUACUUUGUAUCAUUCUCAACGGAGGAUUGAGCUGCGCUCGUUGGGGAAGAUCGCAGAGGGCGAGGAGCUGACCGUCUCCUACGUGGACUUCAUCAACGUGUCGGAGGAGAGACGGAGGCUACUGAAGACGCAGUACUUCUUCGAUUGCACGUGCCACCACUGCAAGGAGCGCAUCAAGGAUGACCUGAAGAUGGGAGGCAGGGAACAGGAUGGAGUCAAGCCGUCAGAGGAGCACGUGAAAGAAUCCACAGAUUACUGUUAUCAGAUGCUGGACAAGAUGGAUCAGGCCCGAUUAAAGGGAGACUAUCACGAGGUAGUGAAGAUCUGCAAGGAGUGCAUAGAGAAGACGGAGCCCAUCCUGGCCGACACGCACAUUUAUCUCCUGAGGAUGUGGAGCACCAUGAGCGAGGUGCAGGCCUACCUGCAGUACUUUGAGGAAGCUGCCGAAUACGCACGCAAAAUGGUGGAAGGCUACACGAAGCUGUACCACCCCAAUAACCCGACACUUGGUAUGGCGGCCAUGCGAGCGGGAGUCACCCACUGGCAAGCCGGCCUGAUCGAGGUGGGCCACGGGAUGAUCUGCAAGGCCUACGCCAUUCUCAUGGUCACGCACGGCCCCACGCAUCCCAUCACCAAGGACUUGGAGUCAAUGCGCGUGCAGACUGAGAUGGAACUGAGGAUGUUCAAGCAGAACGAGUACGUCUACCACAGCAUGAGAGAGGCAGCGCUGAAGAACAAACCCAUGACCAUGAUGCAUGAACCCAAGUCCAUGGAGGAUGGGAUCAAGAAUCUUUUCCACAGGAGAAAAUAAACUACAAGAAAAUCUAA